UUCAACUUGCGAAAGUCGAUUCUUUACGUGCCCAUUUCUUGUUCUAUCGCCGAAAUGAUGAAUUCCGAAAUGAGUAGUAGUAUGCACUCGGGUCGGCCGGAAAGUGAUUUCAGUAUUGAAUGCUUUCAAAAUUAUACUGCUCCCGAGGUGUUCGUCCAAGGUUUGGCUGGAUUGGUUAAUCAGACGGAUGUGGAAGUGAUGAUACGCGCCCAAAAGCAAAUGUUACAGCGCUUCGAAAAGACCAACGAAAUGCUGCUGAACUGCAACGCGCUCAGUGCGAGUAGGUUGAAGAUUGCCACCGAUGACUUUAAGAAACACACCAAACUUCUCCACGAUAUGAAGAAAGAUUUGGAUUACAUCUUCCGAAAGAUACGCACGAUUAAGACGAAAAUCGGAAAUCAAUACCCUUCCGCAUUUGCCGAGGCGGAGGCUAAGAACAAACCAAUGUGUAUAGACGAGGAAGAGGAAAUCGAUACCGCUAGUCGGGCCGAAACGUUGGAUGAGAAACCGGAUCAAAACGACAGUGCCGGGGGCUCUGUUUCGACUCCAGUUAAAGCGUCGUCAAGCAAAUGUAAGCCAUCGUCCGGUCAGAAUGAAGGAAGCGUUAAGGAACGAAAAAAACUAUCCGCGAGUGGAAGUAGAGAAAAUUCAACCGUAGGUUACGUCAAAAUGGAGCAAAGCCCGGAAAAUCGUAAAUCUGGGGGCGGUUCCAGCGGUGAACAGAAGCGACGAUCGUUCCGAUCAGCGCAAAGUAGCUCAACGGAUAAUUCUAAUGAUUCGUCCGAUUGUACGUCGGACACCGGCUAAUAAGCCCCGUUUUGUAUGAAGUAUGCUGUAUUGAUCUCAAUAGUUGAAUAGCAGUUAGAAUUAGGUUCUGUAUAUUCAAGGUUCGUUUUCUGUUCAUUUAAAAUAUUUAACAAUCUGUAGAUUAGCCGCAGUUCGAGUUUAUCCCAUAUUGACCUGUUUUGUGUUAAGCAAAAUAAAAAUUAAAGUUAAUUAUUUUUCGUU